AUGGUAGCGGCGAUAAGACAAACCCUAGGCGAAUCCAAGCACUUGCCUUGUUUUGCACAUACAAUCAAUUUGAUCGUUCAGUCGGCCGUAAAUAUUGCUUCCAUACAAGCUCUUAUAAGCAAAGUAAGAAAUAUCGUAAAAUGGGUGAAGAACAGCGUAAUAAAUUCAGAUAAAUUGAGAAAAUUACAAAUCGAGGCAGGUGUUCCCGAAGGAUCGACUAAAAAGUUUAUUAUUGACAUAAAAACACGCUGGAAUUCACUAUAUUACAUGCUAGAACGUUUUCUGGACAUGUUCAAACUUGCAUCUGCACUGACACUUGAUUCAACAGAUAGUCCGGAGAUGUUAACGGGCCAAGAAAUUGAAGCGAUCAAGAAAAUUGUUCAGCUAUUAAAACCUUUUGAAUUCGUGACUAAAGAAGCUUCUGGACAGAAUUACGUAACAUUAUCUAAAAUUAUACCAAUGGUGAGCUGCCUUAUAUCUGAGGUGCGUAAAUUUUCCACAUCCAUUGAAUGCGUCAUCCAGCUUCAAUCAAAACUCAUGGCAGAGUGUAAUAAAAGAUUUGGUCUUAUCGAGUACAACAAAUAUGCAGCUUUCGGUACAAUUCUUGACCCAAGGUUUAAAAAUCUUCACUUCCAAGAUGCCAACGCUUGCGGUAGGGCUAUACAAAAAUUGAAAAGUAUUAUAGAGGUAGAUGUGUCAACAAGCUCAGAAGAGGAAGAUGUAGNUCUUCGCUCGAAUUGCAGAAUCGUCGCGAGUGUGAAAUCUCAGUCUUCCACUCACUGUGCUAACUCUGUUAUCGCUAAUACCCCAGCUUUAACGACUGCUAUGCAUCAUACUUCGUCAGAUACAUGUAUGCCUGAGUGUAACAUAGAUGUUGCGUGUGAGAAAUCUCAACCUUCCGCUCGCAGUGUUAAUUCUGUUAACUCAGCUAUGGUUACUCCCCCAGCUUUAACAACUGCUAUGGAUCACACGUCGACAACUACUUGUAUGCCUCUGCUGACACAUACGCUGCUGCUGCCGCUGCCGCCGCCGCCGCUACUGAAAUAA